UAAUCCUUUGGAUUCAAAGCUUACAAAGACCAAGAAAACCAAUCCAUUUGUUCAAGUAUAUGAACUUAUUUCCAGGCUAGAAAGAAGAUCACACAGCCAACAAGAAUGGCAGAAGUGAAGCUCCUAGGAGCUUGGCCUAGCGUUUACUGCUACAGAGUUAUAUGGGCUCUGAAACUCAAGGGUGUGAAAUAUGAAUAUGUAGAAGAAGAUCUUUCCCACAAGAGUGAUCUUCUUUUGAAGUAUAACCCAGUUCAUAAGACGAUCCCAGUGCUUGUUCAUGGUGGAAAUCCAAUUUCUGAGUCAACUGUUAUUCUUGAGUACAUUGAUGAGGUUUGGCCACAUAAUCCCUUGCUGAAAGAUGACCCUUAUGAGAAGGCCAUGGCUCGGUUUUGGACAAAGUUUGAAGAGGAAAAGUCCCCCCAUUUUUUCAGUUUCUUUCAUGCUGUGGGAGAAGAGCAAGAGAAGGCAACAAAAGAAGCCAAAGAGCUGUUGAGAAUAAUAGAAGAUAAUGGCCUUGGGGGGAAGAAAUUUUUUGGAGGCAAUGAGAUUGGAUUGGCAGACCUUGCCUUUGGAUGGUUAUCUGGCUGGCUUGAAGUUAUGGAAGAAGCAGUUGGUGUAAGACUGCUGGAAGCUGACAGCUUCCCACGCCUACAUGCUUGGAGUAAAAACUUCAAGGAAGUCCCUGUGAUCAAAGAGAACCUUCCUGUUGGCAAUGAAAUGUUGGCACAUUUCAAACAUCUAAGGGAGAUGUUUAUUGCAUCAACAUCAUAGAUCUUAGCUUUGGAAUUUUCCAUGUAGGCCUUGUUCUUUAUUUCCAUUGUUGGGAUUUUUUUGUUUUUUUGUUUUUUUUUUUUUUUUACGAGGAGCCCUUUCAAGGUAGGGUUCCUUUGGGACCCAUCAUUGUCAGAUAAACUCUGAAUACAUGACCUCGCUUGCAAAAACCAUGUGUCUGGUAAUUAAAGAGACUCAAAUAACCGAUCUCGUGGUAUUACACUCCAAACGAGCGACCAUUCGAGCUAACCCUGGUGGGCUUAUUGUUGGAAAUUUACAAUAUGAUUAUGAGUUCUCCUGUAUAAGUGCUAAGAAAUGAUUUUUAAAGGAGUAUAUCAAUUAUUGUUA